AUGUCUCACGAAAGGACAGAUCGUGACAACGAGAAUGAACAGGACCUUGACCAAGUUGACGAUGGGUCUUCAAAGACUUUUACCAGCUGUUUCACGGACCCAUCAGAACAAAUCAACACACAAGGUAAACCUGCUCUCCCUUACAUCUCCUGGACGGAUUCUUGUAUACAUCGGUUGAUAGAAUGGCUAGAGAAGCAUCUGAGAUGCCGUCAGAUGCUUUUUUCGGACUCUAGGUCUGUAGCCAAGGAUGAAGGGAGGCCAGUCGUCAAGGACACCAAAAAAGUGAAGGAAUAUAUCCAUGAAUGGAUUGCAAAGCACGUCUUCAAGAAUGACUCUCAAGAAAUGAUGCAUGUUGCUGUUGAUCACCACCGCAAGAAGUUUGGUGUUUCUGUACAGAAUCGAUUAGCAAUGCAUGCACUUGUACGAGGUCUCUUGAAGACUGGUCAGGGUAUACCAUCGGAGGAAGCAUCGCAGGGUUUUGAUAAUUCUUUUCAGAAAAUCCGAAAGGACUUCAAGUGGUGGGAUUGGUUGCAUGCAUUCUGGGAAACGUCGCCGAAAUAUAACGCUAAACCAGUGACAGGGUCCAAGGGCCAGUACAUCGACUCUCAAGCCGUGACUCUGUUGUUUCCGAUGCGUGCUGAUCAUGAUGCUAUGGCUCGGGGCAUUCAGCAGCAUGAACAGGAAAGGCUAGUGCCGUUGCUCUUCAUGGGAAGUCCCCUACAUCAUCAGGCCAUGGACGGUGUUGAUGAUGAGAACUGCAGUUAG